AUGACCAAUUUAUUACCCACGGAGCGACAAGCCUGGCGCCGGACAGAUGACCACUCACCUGGCGCGGCUCGUCUGAAGCUGGUGACAGAGCCCUUGCCCAGAGAGUUGGCACCGACGGCCGUUCUGAUUCAAGUCCACGCCGUAUCGCUCAACUGGCGUGAUGCCAACAUAACCAACGGAGGAAACCCUUGGCCGGUUAUCCCCAAUGGGAUAAUCUGUAACGAUGCCGCCGGAGAAGUUCUCGCCAUCGGUCAGAACGUCCGGCGCGUUCGAGUCGGCGAUCGCGUCGCACCUACCAAUGACACCGAAUACUUGACGCAUCGCUCCACCGGUCGGUCUUGGGUGGCGGCGAACGAGGACGGCGUGCUUGCCACUUACAUCGUGUACGACGAGGCAGUACUCGGUCAUUUACCAACGUACCUAUCAUGGGAGAGCGCCGCGCUGAUUCCCUGUGCUGGUGUUACAGCGUGGGCUGCUUUGAAAGAUGUGGGGAUUGGGAAGAUUGUAUUAAUACAAGGCACUGGGGGCGUGAGCAGCUGGGCACUGAAGCUCGCGCGUGCAUCGGGCCUGAAGGUGAUUCUCACCUCCUCGAGUGAUGAGAAGCUGGAGCACAUGAAGAAGAUCUUCGGUGCGCCAGAGAUACAAACAAUCAAUUACAAGACGACGCCAGAUUGGCAUGAGAAGGUGCUGAAGUUGACGGAUGGCAUUGGUGUGGAUCUUGUCAUAGAGAAUGGCGGCGCGUCAUCUCUGGUCAAGAGCCUCAAGUGCACAAGGCGGGGUGGCAUUGUUAGUCAAGUUGGAUAUUUGGGCAAGCAGCAGCCGGAUAAUUUGCAGGAGCUUGUGCCGACGAUAAUUGACCGAAGAGUGAUCCUGAGGCAAGUCACAUCUGAAAAUGAUUCCGCGGAUGUAGUUACUGAUAUCAGUUUUCCAGGGGCAUUAACUGCGGCCCGCCUGAAUACAUGGAUGACAUCUCCGCCGCUUUAG